GUUUGCGUACGUCAAGGUUUGGUGAGACUGUACAAAGUUUCUUUUCACCAUCACCACUUACCACCACCAUAAUUUCAAACAGGAUCCUAGAUCUUCUCCAUCCUCGAUUCAUCCAAAGAGCAGCAAGUCAAAGAAUCGAUAGUAUCAUAUCUUCUAUUGUUAGAUUUUGUCAAUCGAUUCUUCUGGCUCAUUGCGAAACCCUUUUUCUCUGCGAGUUCUGCUUCUGUAGUUACUUUUUCCCUUGAUUUGCUUGCGUUGCACAAUGAUACUCGACCGUUAAAUUCAACGCGUCUCCGAGGUAAUUUUGCAGUAUCAAAACUAAAUACAGUUGAAGUUUUCAAUCCCGUCAGUAAAGCUACUGCUUCUUACUUGCCGACAAUGUCGGAUUAUCCUUAUUAUGGCGCGGCCUAUGGUAGUCGUGACCAAGCGAACAACCCAUCGUACCCUACCUAUCCUACGCAGGCCCCGUAUUAUCAGCAAGAUGUCGGUCGCGCAGGUCAGCAUGCAAUGACGCAAGGGUAUGAUAAUACAAUGGGAUAUGGAUAUAAUCAACAACUUCCAAACUACAGCGCGCCCGCUAUGCAGAAUAAUAUACCUCAAGUCCCGAUCUUUCAGGGCUGGAAUCAAGAAAAUUCAUCCAUGCCUCAAUACAAUGCGGCACCGCAGGGCAUGCAUUCUUAUGCUGGGUACAAUCAUCAAAACUAUGCUCAAAAUUCGCAGUACUAUGCACCAGUGGCUGCCCCUCAGCCAACUUAUCAUUCUCAAACAACCGUAUAUGGUAACACUGAAAAUCGCGAAAUGAGCGAAGGAGAAUAUGAUGAUACUUCUGCCCGUAUACAUCCAGCACCGCCGAAUACUUCAGCUGGGGCACCAGGUACGAGCCUUUAUCGUGGAAACGAUGGAAAUGGCUAUCACGAUACUGCCCAUCGCGCUGUCUAUCCAACGAGCCGAGAUCCUACUCCUAAACAGCCGCCGACCCUUCGUAAUGGUAAGCCGCUCGAAUCUCUUUUGUCGUCAUUUACUAACGUCCAUUCAAGCAGCCGACUACUAUACUCAACGUCAACUUUCAGACUCAUACUCUCCUUUCGUAGCGCAAAGUGUGCCAACAAUUGAAAAAGCCAAGAAUACUCAGAAUAAAGGCACAGGCGCAGGCAAAGAAGUAUCAGCCAACAAGAAAGGAGGUGCGCAGAAAAAAGAGAAGACCCAUUCACCGGUAGAAGACCGCAGUAAUGCUGCAUCUAAACCUGGCCAGGAAAGUCUUCCAUCUUCCAAAGGCGCGGCAUCAGGUACUGUUCAAAACUCCUACCCUUCCCAAGCCAGUGUCCAUAACGAUACCGUUACUUUUAAAACUGUUGCGGAGGCUCGUAAAAAAGCUGAAGGCGCGAUCCUGAACCUUUGGUCGUAUGAUGUCCGUUUUCCAGCUUAUCUCGAAGAAGGCGUUGAUGAGAAACUCGUGGGGGAAUUGUUCGAUGAGCUUAGGUUGUCGAAAACUGCAUCGAAGACGGUUAGUGCAGCUUCUGCACAAAGCCCCUCCACUAGUAUUUCCUCUGUGCCUACAGCAGCCGUUCCUGCCCCAAGUGGUCAGUCGAAUGGGCAGUCCUAUGCACAAAACUCCAAUGCAGACAAGGUUAAGCAAGCUUUAACGAAUGGAGCAGUAUCUGCUCCUCCUGCAACGGCUCAACCGCCGAAGAGUGCAGCUGCUGUUGAGAAAGAAAAAACAAUGCAAGCCAAGAUGGACGCACUCAGAAAAUCGAGAGCCGAGCGAGCUCAGAAGAACGCAGCAAAGUCUGUCGCAACUCCCACUACCAACCCCCCCAAUCUACCUCCCCAAGUAAAACCGGCCGUAAUUCCCGGAUUGCUUACUUCAGUUUCAACGCCUACUUCGUCUACGCAAAAAGUUAUUGAAAAUAAUAAGGUUGGUAUUACGGACACUAGUAGCUCAAUUCAAGUUCCAGCUUUGACAGUCGCGACACAAUUUCCCAACUCCAGUGCACCGCCUUCAACAAUUCUUCAGGCCUCUCAAAAGAUUCCAGGUCUAUUCUUGGCUUCUUCUGCGCCCACCCCACCAUCCUUACAACAACCCAUCAUGCUAAUACCCUCUUCUAAUGGGCAGCGCAAACGCCCCGUGGCUGCUGACUUUGAUGGACCCUCUGCACCGGCCACGCCAUUUAAGCGACCAUUUGGUCAAAGUCGUAGCGAGCAGAAACCUUUCGUUCUUUGUGUCAGCGAAGAUGAGGAUGAGUCUGAUGAAGAUGUGGAAAUGGAGUUGGAAUCUCAGGCCGAUGCCGAUUCACCUGUUCAACCCGCUCGAAAGCUAUCUGAACAAAAGGCACUCCCUACUGCGUCCUCCUUCCUUCCACCAAAACCAUUUACACCUCCUCCUAUAUCGUCAGCGAGCACCUUGCCCACAUUGCAAUCUUCUAUCAAGCCACAUCCUGAGGAUCUUCGACGGAAGGAAAGCGAAAUCGAGCAGUUGAAGAGAAAGAUUGCUGAAGCCGAAAUGAGAAAGGCAAACAAGAGAAGUAGCAGUGGGGCGCAAACUCCAGUCAACAACAUCACAGCCAGCAGCAGUAAUACUGCUAUUGUGGUCAAUAAAGCCGAUUCAUCAAUCGUAAUGCAGAAGGCAACCGACGUUCCUAAGGAUAAGACAAAGUCUGACCAACAGUUAGCUGCAGUUCAAGCGGCCGAGCUUCAAAAAGCGGCCGAUGUGCGAAAAGCAGAGGCUGAAACCAAACGACUUCGACGUGAAAGAAUUGCGAGCGCCAUUCCCCGUGUUGAUGCUGAAACUUUACAGAACCAAUUGAAACUCGAGGCACUUCGUGCUGAAACUGCACGAAUCGAAGCUGCAAUGCAGAAGAAUCUCCAGGACAAGCAAAAGUUGGUCGAAGAAAUGGAAAGACUGGGUCAAGAAACAGAUCAGCAGUUGCAGGAGCAAAAGGAAAAGUUGGAGAGCCUUACUCGUGAAGAGACAAAGGAUAAUUCAGGUAAGUGUACUCUUAUGGUUUCUGUGCUUCCCAACGCAGGAGCUCACAUUUCCUUAGCUCUGCCACCACAUUCAGCUUCUGCUCAACCAGACCGCGAGCCAGAACCGCCAGCUCUCGCCGAGUCUGAGCCAAAAUCAGCGUCAGUUCCCAUGGAACUCGAUGACCAAGUCGAUGACUCCCGUGACGCAGUACAACAACAAUCUGAAGAACCAAACAGUACUUAUGUUGAUGCUACAUCUUCGAUUCCUGUGGUUCCCACCCAAGUUGAUAACGACAAAGAUACAGCACAAGAGAUUAUCGAAGAGCGUUCUUCCGAGAUCAAGGAAACAUCCAAAACCAACCAAGACCUUGAGGCAGCACUUCAAGAGGCUGUGCGCGCGGACGCAGACUUUGUUGGCCCCAGUGAUACGGAAAUGGAGGACGGCAAUGCUAAUCCGGUACAAGUCGCCGAAGCAAAGGUUACACUCGAUGAACAGAAUGCAAGCUCCGAUUAUUCGCCGGUCCUAGAACGUUCUCAGCUACUUGGAGCUUCCUCAAUUGCCGACCCUCCUGAAAUGUUAGAGAUCUUGGAGAUGGUUGACAUCGAAUCGGAUAAUUAUGAGCCACCAGAAGCCACGCCGCCUGCAGAUGAGACCUUGUCGGUGGAAUCCUCUCCAUUUAGUCCCGCUCCACCAGAUUCCGUCAUCGACAAAGCCGAAGGUAUUGAAUUAGCGGAGAUGUCAAAUGGUAACUCAACUGAUGCUGAAGCUAUCUCUAACGAUUUAGAACAAGGCCUGCCAGCGGAAAAUGGUACCGUCCCUCAGCUAACAGAAGUAAAAGUCUUCCCCGUUCUUGGUGACGAUCCCCAGACUGACAGUAUCACAGGAACCAGCUUCCAGCAACUCUUGUAGCCCAAGCUUCUUCUCGCCAUAUCAAAGCCCUUUAAAAACCUUUCAUGCAUAUCGAUUUCAUCCAGAAUAUAAGCAACAGAUUCCGGGGGGGCUGAGGUCUCUGACCUAUACUAAUAAGAUUGACGCGAAAAAAGAAUUGUGUCGAUACGAAGUAAUGGGAGGAACAUGCAAUGAUGAUACUUGUGAAUUUCAGCAUUUUAGAGAAAUGGGACUGCCUGGUGCGUCGGUAGUUCCAGCCAGCAUAAUCUGAGCUCAUCCUUGAGUAUCCCUUUCGUCCCCUUGGCUAACGUUUCUUUUGACAGAUGAUGUCCUGCUUCAGAAACUGGGUUCCCCAGACGAGUUUGAAGGAGAGCAGCGAAAUAAGUUUAUUGAAGGUUUGAAAGCAGUGCUUUCAGGCCUGCGAGCAAGAAAGAUCAACGACUUUGACACUCUUGCCUCGGAAAUUGUUGCACAUCGUGCAAAAUUCUUGGGCGAUUCAUCUAAGGUACUCAGCCUCGAAGGCACGACGAUCUAAAACAGCUUACCUACAGCUGCCUGGACAAUGAACUUGUAAAUCUCUCAACCAUUUCCCCUACACUUUCUCUUGCCAGUGACCUGGUCAGGCUUGGUAUCAAUCUAAAUAAUCUUCUUAUUGGUGCGAACGCCGGGGACGGCAACAUCUCACUCUAAUGGGAUCAUUUUAUUUCCUUUAUCUUCCUUUUGCUGGACCUUAAAUAUCAACGGACAACGACUUUGCAUGGAUGCAGUUGCAUGGAAAAGCUGGUGUUUUCGUGUUAUGUCUACGAUACCCUGUCUGAUGAAAUAAAAAAAGAGACCUGGGGAAGUGCGUCCAGUGGGUGCAAGCAGUGUGUUUUCUGGAAUUAUAAUUUCCUUUUGACACUAAAAGACAAAACCUGCGGUAAAUGUUCUGCGAACUAGCUAGUUAUUUAUAGCAUUAUAAUUGACUAAUA